CCCACCUCCUCGCCCUCGCCCCCUCGCUUUGACCCCCCUCACCCGCGAAGCUUCGUCUCCUUGACCCCUCCUCCCCCUCUCUCUAUUUAUCCCCCUCCCUAUCCACUCCCCGCCCUCUCCAAGACCAAGACCAACACCACUCCACUCCCUCCAUUUCCCUCACCUCCCGCAGCAGCUAGCCGCCAGCCAACAACCGAACCAACCAACCAACCCACAGGCCACAGCGAGCGAGUAAAGCGUCCAAUGGUAGCGAUGGCGGCCGUGCAGCAGCAGCAGCAGCAGCAGCGCCGCGACGCGGAGGCGGAGCUCAACCUGCCCCCGGGCUUCCGGUUCCACCCGACGGACGAGGAGCUGGUGGCGCACUACCUCUGCGCGCGCGCCGCGGGGCGCCGCCCGCCGGUGUCCAUCAUCGCCGAGGUCGACCUGUACCGCUUCGACCCCUGGGACCUGCCGGAGCGCGCCCUCUUCGGGCGCCGCGAGUGGUACUUCUUCACGCCGCGGGACCGCAAGUACCCCAACGGCUCCCGCCCCAACCGCGCCGCCGGGUCGGGCUACUGGAAGGCCACGGGCGCGGACAAGCCCGUGGAGCACGAGGGCCGGACGGCGGGGAUCAAGAAGGCGCUCGUGUUCUACCACGGCAAGCCGCCGCGCGGGGUCAAGACGGAGUGGAUCAUGCACGAGUACCGCCUCGCCGAAGCCGGCGGCGCCCGCGCCAAGAAGUCCGGCGCCGGCACGCUCAGGCUGGAUGACUGGGUGCUGUGCCGCCUGUACAACAAGAAGAACGAGUGGGAGAAGAUGCAGCAGCAGAAGGAGAAGGAGAAGAAGGCGAUGGAGUCGGAGGCGUCGCUCUCGCACUCCCACUCCGACACGCGGACGCCGGAAUCGGAGAUCGACGACGACCCGUUCCCGGAGCUGGGCUCUCUACCGGCGUUCGACGACAUGGGCGCAGCCCCAGCCCCUGCCGGCGUCGUCCUGCCCAAGGAGGAGGUGGAGGACUUCGGCGACCUCGGCGGCGACGACUGGCUCGCGGGCAUCAACCUCGACGACCUGCAGAUGCCGGGGGACGCCGCCGAUUUCUACGGCUCCAUGCUCGUCUCGCCGAUGGCCGCCAAGAUGGAGCCGGACGGCGGCUUCCCCUUCUUCUGAGAUCCUUCGGCGACUCCGGGGACGACCGGAUGCAGCGCAACGCAAACUGUGUAUAGUUCAGAUUUUCUUCAUGGAACCAACAACAACAAAAAAAGUUCUUGCUAAUAUCUUGUUCUAGUGGUGUAGUGCAGAAGUAGCAGCAACAUGAUUGAAGUUCCAUUGUAGUACUGAUGUUCAUCGCCACUUGAGCUGUGACAAGUGACGACAUUCUUUCGUUUCUUGGCUGCAAAUUCUUCGUUGUCCAGAAUAUAAUUUCAGAUGGGUAAUGCCAAUUCGGG